GGUGUUCUAUCGCGUAAUGUUUUGCGAGAAAAGUCAUGUCUGCUUUGCUACGACGAUGGAAAAAACGAAACAAAAUGAAGCGAAUAAUGUGAUCAAAAAUGAAAAAUUAUGGUCAAAGUUAAUGAGUACAAUUAUGGGUCACAACACACUAGUUCCGUACUCACAAACUCUGCAUGAACAUAUCUACGGUGGACAAAACGAUCAUUUUCAUUGUCGAGGAAACUAUUAUAUUAUUAUGGGACAAUCUCGUUCAAAUACAACGACAGGUACCUUGUUUAAACUUUUUCUACGACGUCGUCGUUUUGAUGUCGUCACAAUUUUGCUGAAUACCGUGUCUUUUUCAGACAUGACACAGUCAAAAUAACAAGAGAGACAGCUGAAAAGUCAACCAUUAGCCUAGUUAACUAAGCUUUUGAGAAUAUCUAAUUCAGUUUCUCUCAAACGAAAGCUUAGAUGUAAAAAAAUGUCGGAGAAAAUCUCUAAAAUUUGAAUCCACCUCACAGCAAAACCCGAAUUAUAGACAACCAAUAAGCACAAAGCGGGCGUGGUCAUAUCGUACCCUCUUGAUUAUUACAAGAAUUAAUUAUAUUUGUUCAGUUGAGUGAAGCCAUUUUCGCCUAAAGCAAAGGAUUUCCUGAUAUUGACCACGUGAGCAAAGAACAAUAGAAUUAACAAAUCAAAAAACGCAGCAUAAUUUUUUCCAUCUUAACUAUUCAGAUUUACUGCUAAGAAAACAAAUGCUUGAUCUCCUGGAUAGUCAACCAUGUGAAAAUUUACACUUUUGAAUUCCAGGCAAAUUUUUUUUAACGAACAGUGAUAACAAGACACCAUAUUGGCCUAUUUUCGUCACAACAUUCAGUGAACUUCCACUCUCUUUUUUAGCGUGGAUCAUGAGACUAUUUGAGAAAGCGAUGCAGCCCUAUGAGUUAUCGAUAUCGCUAGGAAGAAAAAUAA